AUGUCUGGUAUAUGAAAUAAACGAUUUUUAAUCAUGUCACUCAUUUUUACCUUGAUCACAUUUCUUUGUUGUCAAGAAAAUUACGUUUUCUCUCCUUAACAUCAGUCCCUAGCCAUGUCACAUCUCCAAAAUAAUGUUUUCGUGUGUCUGUUUUGAAUAUACUAGGCGAUAAUUUAACUUUAUUUAACUUAAAACACAUUAAAAAUUACUCCAUCUUAUAAACGGAAAAAUUUAAUGUGCAAUGUAAAUUAUUUUUCAUGAUUUUUGUGAAGCUAAGUAGUGUCAUCGGUAAUUAUAGUCAGGCCCUAGCCACUUAGUAAAUUUAAAAAUACGCGGCAAUUGAGUGAAACGAGCAUUUUAAAACCGAUGCGUUCAAAAGUCACCACGCGAAGUUAGCCACACGCUUGGGCCGGCCCGCGUCGGCCAUCUUGGCGUCAGUGCUGUCGGCUUCCCCGCUGAGCAAACACGUGCUGUGCCAGUCAAUCUGUCAGUUCCUAGAAUAUGCCACCUAAAAAGAAAAUACCGCUGUCUAAAGAAGAAAAAGCAAAAAAAAAGUCAGAACAAGCAAAAAAACGUUUAGAAAAAAUAAAAAAUGAUCCAGUUUCAUUAGCGGAGUAUAAAGAGAAAGAAAGAUUAAAAUACCUCAGAAAAAAGGAAAAAGGACAGAGAAAAUGCGUUAAGGAUAUGACUCCUCGUGAACAUAGAAAAGUGAAAAAAAACUGGAUCACUUACUCAGCAGCUUACAGACAAAAUAAGAAAGUUGUUAAACAUGCUGAUAAAUAUAUUGACGAAAAUACGCCACCAACAUCUGAUGGAGAAAAUGGUCUUCAGGUACCACAACAAAGAAAUCUCGAACAACAAGUAGAUGAUAUAAAUGUUCCAUGUAUUGCUGAUAGAAGACAAGCUGAAGCUAAAAGAAGAAGUAUUUUACAACGGAAGAUAAGAAAUAAGCAACUACGGAAGAAGAACCAAGUUAUUGCUGAGUUAAAAAAAAAAAUUGCUAGCCAAAGACAGAAAUACAAACGAUUGAAAUGCCAUAUUAAAAAAUCAAAGAAAGCACUUACACCCAGAAGCAAAAUUAACGAACUGGCGAAUGAUCCUAAUCAAAAGGCAGAAUUGGUCAAAAAAGCACUAUUUGGUGAAGUAAUUCAGACGCAAAUCCUAGAAAAAAAACAGGAAACAAAAACAUACAAGGAGAAAAACAGAUUAAAAAUGGCUUUGUCUGGUUCUAUAGUAAAGAAGUAUAAAAUAUGGAGGUUGGGAGGCAAAGCUGUGACUUACAAGAAUAUGGGAUUUAAUCGCACAAAGUCGACUAAGAAAAACAGCAAGAACAAAAUGAUAGCGAUAAUUCGUCAGUUUUACGAAGAUGAUAGCAAUAGCCGAUGUGCAGCAGGGAAGAAAGAGUGCAUAACUCGCAAUGGUAUUAAAAAACAAAAACGAUUUUUGUUGGAUUCCUUGAAGAAUCUACACCAGAAAUUCCUGUCUACUAAUUCAAUGACGAUUGGGUACUCCUUGUUCUGCCAGCUACGUCCAUUUUGGGUCGUCGAGCCUAAACUUACCGAUCGUGACACAUGUGCUUGCGUCACACAUGAAAACGUUGACCUGAAACUGGUUGCAUUAAAAUACGCAAACAUCUUAAAUUUUGCAACUCAUCAAAGUGCUCUUCAGACGGUUUGCUGUGAUCGGUACUCUGAAAAAUGUUUAUCGAGAACUUGUGACAGAUGUUCAAUGAAAAAUUUACCCUAUAACGAAUUCGACAACAGCGAUUAUCCGCUUGCUAUAAGCUAUUCGUGGAAUUUUCACGAAGCAGGCCACGGAAAAGGAGCCCCAGACGGAGUUGGAGCGACGUGUAAGCGUAGUGCAGACAAACACAUAGCACAACAUGGUGACAUAACCAACUUACAUGACUUUGUUGUGGCACUCCGCGAAAAAUGUCCGGGAAUAAAGGUUUCUAUUAUUGAAGAUGUCAAUAUAGAUAGAGUGAAUAAAAUGAUCAAGGAGAAUGAGGAUAAGCAGAAAGCUUUUAAAGGUACGCUUUUGGUACACCAAGUCCGAGGCAAUGUUUAUAUGCCGAAUAGAAUAUUUAUGAAAGCACUAAGUUGUUUCUGUGAUGAUGACGGCUGUGAACAUUUUAAAUUAGGAACUUUAGAAUACCAGACAAACAUUAAUCGACUGCAAGUGUCUACGGUGUACUCAGAUUCCGAAGAUGAUGUGCCAUUAGCAAGCACGAGUCGUGAUUGGCAAGAAAUAUCGAAGACAAACUAUGGCAGUGGAGAUUAUGUUUUGAUCAAGUUAACUAUGCGAAAAAAAGAAUACCGGUAUGCUGCGAUUUGCUCGAAAUAUGAUGAAGUGGAUGGUGAGUUGACAGUUGCAUUUCUAAAAGUUAGCAACGACCAUGGGACUGAAUUUAAACUUAAUGACAAUGAUAUCGCUGACGUACCUUAUGAAGAUGUGAUAGAAAAACUGCCAGUUCCUAAAUUAGUGAAUAAAAGAAACACAACAAUCUAUAGAUUUAACAAGCCAGUUAAUGUAUUUGAGAAGUAAGACUACGUAUUUUAUGAUAAAAUUAUAAGACUGCAAAUUUGUGUUCUUAAAGUACAAUUAUAAUUAAGAAGAAACUAUUUUUGUUCAUUGUUAUAUUACAUAAUGUUAUGUUUUAUAAUUAUAUAUUAUGUAAAAGUACAAAAUAUGUUUAGUUGUGUGAUCUCAAGUAAGUAAUGAAAAGUAUUACUAGUUCUGUUAUUCUUGUUGGUAAGAGAGUAGUAUCCAAGAUACUUAUCUAAAGUUAGUUUUGUCUUUAAUUUGAUUAGAUUUUGCUAUAAAUGUGUCAAUUAGUAAUAUAAUAGCAAGAAUUACUAAAUAAAUAUUGAUUAUGUACGAUGAAAAUGUAAUUUUAUUUAUACUAACAAUGAAGGGCAUCAGUCCCUAGCACAGCCAGUCAGUCCCUAGAAAACCGAUAUCAAA